GGGCUGGGAGAGGAAGGGAAACAUGUAAACUUAACGGUUUAAAGAGAGACUCUUCAACCGCAACGACGUCCUCCAGCCGGGCUCAGUUCACCAGCGGACACCGAGUGAGCUUCCGCAGCAACCCGUUACACAAAUGUCCGCUUCAAUGUAGCUUCAAUAUCAGUUCACUUCCAUCACAUUGGGACUUAAUGGGGCGGUGGGGAAGGCCUAGCCCCCCACCUUGAUCAGGCCAGAGCCCCCCCUCCGGAACCCCAACGCAGGAGCCAUGAGUACAUCAGGGAAGGUCAGCGGGCUCAAACCCCCGAGCAAAAUAGUCCGUCCGUCUGGGGGGUCGUCCAAGACGUCCCCGUCCUCCGGUGCCCCGAGGCCGGUUCCUCCCGAGAACCCCCCCGGCCAGGCCGCCUCCCCGACCCAGGACGGGAGCGCCGACUUCCAGCCGGGCGAGCGGGUCUGGGUCAACGGCAGCAAGCCCGGCCAGGUGCGCUUCGUGGGGGCCACGCAGUUCGCCCCGGGGCAGUGGGCGGGCGUCGUGCUCGACGAGCUCAUCGGGAAGAACGACGGGUCCGUGGCGGGGGUCCGCUACUUCCAGUGCGAGGACGGGAAGGGGAUAUUCACGCGGCCCUCCAAGCUGUCCAAGACCGCGCUCCCGGAGACGGAGGCCAACGGGGGCCGCGCCAGUCCGGGGGGGGAGGGGGCGGAGGGGGCCCCCGUUACGAGCGAGCCCGCGCCCGCCGGCGCCAUCUGUGCAGCGGCGGGGAGCGGCAUGAAGACGAGCGCCGCUCUGAACCGAAUGCUCACGUCCAGCGAGUCGGUGUCCAACGUCUCCGACACGGAGUCCAUGAAGAAGAAGCGGGAGCUGAGGCUGGGAGACCGCGUGCUGGUGGGCGGUAACAAGGCCGGCGUGGUGCGCUUCCUCGGGGAGACGGACUUCGCAAAGGGAGGCUGGUGCGGCGUGGAGCUGGACGAACCGCUCGGCAAGAACGACGGCGCCGUGGCGGGGACCAGGUACUUCCAGUGCACGUCCCGGUACGGCCUGUUCGCUCCCGCCCACAAGGUGACGCGCAUCGGCUUCCCGUGCACCACGCCGACCAAGGCCAAGAGCUCGCGGAGGAUGUCGGCCCUCAAGAGGAGCCCCAGCGCCUCCUCCAUCAGCUCGCUCAGCUCCGCCACCUCCUCCAUCAGCGGCAAGCCCAGCCGGGCGGGACUGCUGACGGAGACGUCCGCUCGCUACGCCCGCAAGAUCUCCGGCACCACGGCGCUGCAGGAGGCGCUGAAGGAGAAGCAGCAGCACAUCGAGCAGCUGCUGGCGGAGCGAGACCUGGAGAGGUGCGAGGUGGCGAAGGCCACGAGCCACGCGGGGGAGGUGCAGCAGGAGAUGGUCCUGCUGAGGAAAGGACGCGAUCAGUACGCGGUGGAGAUGGAGGAGAAGUUGGAUCAGCUGCGCUCGCUGGUGGAGGCGGCCGAUCGGGACAAAGUGGAGCUGCUCAACCAGCUGGAGGAGGAGAAGAGGAGGGUGGAGGACCUGCAGUUCAGUGUGGAGGAGGCCUGCAUCACCAGAGGAGACCUGGAGACGCAGAGCAGACUGGAGCAUGCCCACAUUAAGGAGCUCGAGCAGAGCCUGCUCUUUGAAAAGACCAAAGCUGAAAAACUCCAGAGGGAUUUAGAGGACACUAGGGUGGCCACGGUGUCGGAGCGCUCCAGGAUCAUGGAGCUGGAGAGGGAGGUGGCCGACCUCCAGCUCCGGCUGCGGGCGUCCCAGCAGAAGGAGGACGCGGCGUCCCUGUCCCAGCAGCAGAUCAGCCGGCUGAAGGCCCAGGCUCAGGCUCAGGAGAAGAAGAUCAGCGAGCUGAGCGUGGACGCAGAGAGCCGGCAGAAGGAGCUCCAGUCCGCGCAGCGCGAGAAGAACUCGCUGGAACAGCAGCUGACCGAGCUGAGACUGAAGCUGGAGGCCGCCGAGGAGGAGGGCGGCCGGACGGCGAGGACCACGAGAGAGCUGCAGCAGAGCGUCGAGCGGUCGAAGAGCGACGUCCAGGCGCUGAGAGAGGAGAGUCGGAUCAGAGCGGAGCAGCUGCUGCAGGCUAAAGAAAAGUCUGAAAGGACGUCCCUCUCGCUCGAAAAGCUGACCAAUGAGAAGGAGACGCUGGAGACGCAGCUGGAGGCUUUGAAGCAGCAGAGCUCCAGAUACCAGGAGGAGCGGAGUGUGUCCGAGGAGAGUCAUCGGCUUGAGGUCCUCUGCAAAGAAAUCGAGGAGCUCAACACCUCCCAGAAGUCUCCGCCCCUCGACGAGCACACUGAGGACCGUCCCAGUGAGCAGCCGGACAUGAAGACCCGAGGGAGCGUCUGCGGCCCGGCCACCGACCGGGGAGCAAACUCCCAGAGAUCCACCGGAGACAAAGACCAGGAGCUGGAGUCUCUGAGGAAGGAGAUCGCCGUGCUGCGAGGAGAGAGCGCCGUGGCCAAGACGCUGCAGGCGGCCGUGGAGGCGCUGGAGGGAGACAAGGCCAGGCUGCGGAGCCGCGUCCACGGCCUGGAGCAAAGGCUCAUGGGAACGCGGGCGUCGGAGGGAGGAGACCGGGAGGCUCCGCCCUCGGGUGAGGAGGCGAGGAUCGACCUCUUCCUCAGCGAUGCCUCCGCGGGCGAUGCGGCUAUGGAGCAGCUGAGGGAGGAGAAGGAGUUCGCCGAGGGGCAGAUCAACUUCCUGAACAGCGUGAUCGUGGACCUCCAGCGGAAGAACGAGGAGCUGAAGGUCAAACUGAAGAAGCUCGCGCUGGCCGAGUUCAACGGCACCGACGGCGCCGACGGCUCGCACGAGGGCGCGUCCAAGCAGGCGGAGAAGAAGGCCACGCCGCGCCUCUUCUGCGACAUCUGCGACCGCUUCGACCUCCACGACACGGAGGACUGUCCCACGCAGGCGCAGAGCCCCGACGCCGUCCCCCACACCGCCUACCACGGCAAGCGGGCCGACGAGAGGCCCUACUGCGACAUCUGCGAGGCCUUCGGCCACGCCACCGAGUCCUGCAACGACGACCAGACCUUCUAGGAGCAACACUCCUCCCUCUUCUCCACUACUCCCCCUUUUCUCUCUCUCUCUCUCUCCGUCCGGCUCCCCGUCCCGUCCAGAGUUCCUCCAUAUUGUAUUUUUCUACUGUAUUUAUGCACAUCACUGGUGGCCACUGACCCGCGUCCGCUCCCCCUGCAGCUCUCACAUAAACUGUAACGCCUCCAAAUAUGCUGCUUCGGUGCAAUAUUGGCGUUCGUAGGAACGAGGGAAAAGGCGAUGCGUCCUCUGCACUCGUCGUUUUGUAUCGUUUUGUUUCUUAGAAAAUAACAAGUGUAUUUGUUAGUUAUUAAAGCACAGUGGAAACUCGUUAGCGCCCCUGCAGGCGUCAGAGUGUUAGAGCCACGACAAGUGAGACGCACACAUCAUUCAUAAAUCAGACUAAACAGUUCAUACGGUAUGUAGUAGGGUAGAAAUCAAAGUUAAUGAUGCUGUUUUUGGAGACAAACUUUAACAAUAACUACAUUUCUUGUACAAUAUUUCUGUGUUUAGUUUAAAUAAUUUAUGCAAAAAAACUGCAUGACUUUUAAAUGUGUUGUUUUAUCAUUUCUCAACAGUCAAUACAUUCACGUUUAAUAUUGUACUCACUAUUAAAAUUGCAUCCUUUUAAUUAUAUUAUAAUUAUGACAGCUCAAAAUAUUUACUGCCAUAACUUUUCUCUCAAUAUAACAACUUUAUUCUCUAAAGGUUCUUUAAAUAUUCCAACUUAGUUGUUGAAAUACAAUGACUGUAUUCUCGUAAUAUCACAGCUUUAUUAGAUAUUAUAUUGACCUUUUCUUAUUGGCCCUGACACUCCUGACCAGCCUCAAGCUUCGUUUUUGGGUAACGUGAAACUUUACGUAAUUUCUGUCUCGACUUUGGAAAUUGUAGCUUCCAAGUUUCCGCCUUUAGGCCGCAUCUCAGUGUACUGCUCAGUGUACUGCUCAGUGUACUGCUCAGUGUGUACUGCUCAGUGUACUGCUCAGUGUGUACUGCUCAGUGUGUACUGCUCAGUGUGUACUGCUCAGUGUGUACUGCUCAGUGUGUACUGCUCAGUGUGUACUGCUCAGUGUGUACUGCUCAGUGUACUGCUCAGUGUGUACUGCUCAGUGUGUACUGCUCAGUGUGCUGCUCAGUGUGUACUUCUACACACUCAAUUAGAUUCUUCCUGUGGGGACGGCUGCAGCAGGAAGUACUUCCGCCUCGUGUUACAGGAUAAAGACUCCCCGGAUACAAACGACAGAAGCCUCGACUGACUCAGUCCCGCACUUUCCACUUUAAAAGAUUCAGCAGUAAAACAAACUACGGUGAUUUUUAAGAGCGAACGCUUCACGUUUUGGGAAAAAUGCGUUUUACCGUUUGAGAGGACGGAGCACGUGCACUUUAAUCGUAAACAAUUUCUCGCAAAACAAAGUUGUAAGAAAAACCAUUUGAAGUCCGGAAGGAGCCGAUGAAGUUCCUCGUGUGAUGUCACUUGAGUCAACGUCGGUUGAAGAAUUAAAGUUUACUAACCGCUAGCGUAACAUGUACCCACAUCUCCCGUCAGGGUCCAGUUGCAUUGUGGGUAACGUGGGCAAAGGUUGUAAGCAGAGUGCGUUCAGUAUAAGGACUUUGUAUUCUAAUCUCUGCGUAUUAACACUAAUAAAUCUACAGAUUAGUCCUUUAAGUGAUGUCGUCCCUCAGGAAGCUCACGAGCGUGUUUCCUCAGACGUGGAACUCGCCCUUUGACCUACAGCGAACAUUUGACCUCCUUGUAAGCACAACAUCUGGAUCAUAUUGAAUCCUGUGGUGUAUUAUGUGACUAACCACUGACACGAGUCUUUGUAAAUACUAAUCAGAGCUUCCUUCUGCUCGAUGUGUCCACGCUGCCGUGAGACGAAAAGCUUUCUGUGCACAUUUUAUUUUUCUGCAACGUUGAUAAGGAAAAAAAACCCAUUUGUAAAGACUUUAAAACAUUGUGUACUUUAUAAGUGGUGCGUCUAAUUAUGUGUGUAACGUUUUAUAUAAAUGUAACCGUUUCAGGCGCCGUCAACAAACGGCUGCAGGACUGUUUUACAGAUGUUGACGUGGUGUGAAAUGUUUUGUAUGUACCGAAUACUCCUGAACAGUCCAAUAGAAAUACUAAGAAACCA